UGUGUUUGGUGUCCGUUUGGUGUCUGUUUGUUUUGAGGCGAGGGCUUCGUUGAAACCUGCAGCGCAGCAGCAGCCAGCAGCCAUGCCUCGAGUGGUUCCAGACCAGAAGAACAAGUACGAGACGGACGAGUUGUUCAAGAAGCUAUCACAGGAUGUGGACGUGAGCUGUACCGACGUCUGCAUGCGCCUAGAAAUGUCGCAAUAUGCAUGCGCCCCUGAAACAAGUGUGUGUGUGUGUGUGUGCAGGUCAAGUACACGGGGUACAGGGACAGGCCAGUGGAGGAGAGGAGGAGGAGGUUCCUGGAGGAUCUGCAGGAGGGACACUCUGUCAUUACCUUCAUUGCCACUGGGGCGAACCUCAACCUUCAGUUCUGUGGGAGUGCCUUGCAGGAUGAGAACCACCCAACUGCAGACCGUCAAAGGACACAGUUGACUUGGAGAGCGAGCCUGGGAAGGCCCAUCUGUGCAGUCCGAUAAUCUUCAAUGGAGUGUGUGUCAGCUGGGUGGGGUGUAUGGACAUGGAGACCUUGACUGGGAAAGCCAGACUAGCCUUCAACGAUGAGAUGGCCAAAUUGGAGGACGAGGUAAUGAGGAAGGUGGUGAAGGAGACACAGGACAGAGUGAGAUUGUUUGAAGAGAAACAGCGACGCUGGCAGGAACAGCAGCUGCCUGCUACCCAGUGACAAUACCCACUCCAAUUGGAGCCACCCAUCAUUGAUCAAUCAUUCUCACCCUUUUUUGCUGGUUUUUCAUUAAAAAUUCACUUUG